AUGCCCAACCAACAUCGCGACAUUCAAACAGUUGAUUCAACAAAUUUCUCUUAUGUCUUUGAACAAAACGUAUCCAUCCCUUUGGGGAAUGGUGGAGUAGUCCGCUGCAAUGUGUACAAGCCCAAAACAGCUUCUUCAGAGGUCAAAUUCCCAGUUCUCGUUACCUAUGGCCCAUACGGCAAAGACGUUCCCUACAAAGAAUUCAACCCCAAGAGUUUUGCCGAGGUCGAUCCAGCUCAUAAAACCGAGCAUUCUGCCUGGGAGACCCCGACACCUCAGUACUGGACCGACCAUGGAUACAUUGUGUUACGCGCCGAUGAGAUAGGCAUCGGACAGUCUCCCGGUGUGCUAAAUGUUAAAUCGGCGGCCUCAAUCGAUGCCUUCUGUGACGUGAUCGAAUGGACGUCUGAGCAGCCUUGGUCUUCUGGUAAAGUCGGCCUGCUGGGCGUGAGCUAUUACGCCGCAACACAGUGGCAGGUUGCAGCCCGACAGCCACGAGGCUUAGCGGCAAUUGUCCCAUGGGAAGGAUUUUCUGACCCGUACUCUGAGUCCCUGAGACAUGGUGGCAUCCUAUCGAAUAAAUUCUUCGCCGGGUGGUAUGCUCGCCAGGUUGCACCAAAUCAGUAUGGGCUUCCCGGACGAGCGUCUCGCAAUUGGGGCCCGGAUACCAUUGAGGGUGACCUCAGCACAGAAGAACUGGAAGAAAACCGACACAAAAUGGCGUGGGAGGAGCAGAAGUAUCGGGAUGACAAGGAGAUGGCGCCUCUGAACUUCAACCUGGAGGAUGUCACAGUGCCUCUUCUGAGUGUUGCCAAUUUAGGCGGGAUAUGCUUGCACCUGAGAGGAAAUGUGUUGGGAUACCUGUGGGCCAGAUCCGAGUUCAAGUACCUUCGCUUUAUCGUCGGCCGGCACGAUCUGCCAUUCUACUACCCGGAGGAGGUCGAAGUGCAGAGAAGCUUUCUUGACGCUUGGCUGAAGGGAGACGAUAGAGAGGGAUGGGCCGAAAAGGGCGCUCUCCCCGCUGUGGAUUUAGUUCUGCGGAAAGGGAACGUUGAGCAUAAUAACCCAGCGGAGGAGAAGAGCUUUCCCCGCCGCAAGGAAACUGAAUGGCCGUUAGCCAGAACACAAUAUACCCCAAUCUUCCUGACGGCAGAUCAUGGGCUUCAGUUCGAUCAGCCUCAUUAUGAGACAACACGAAAACUGAGCUACAGGGCCCUCGGCCGGGGUGAACUACCUGAACUUAUCAAAUUCUGUUCAGCGCCAUUUGAAAAGGAAACAGAGAUAACUGGGCACAUAGUGGUUCACCUCAUUGUCUCAGUGAGCAGAGAUCGGUGGGGUAGCUCACCAUCUGAUCUAGACCUAUUCCUUAGCCUCCGUCAUAUCGCACCCUCAGGCGAUGAAAUCGUCUAUACCGGCUCCACGGGAGAGGCAGUCCCAGUGACAAAAGGCUGGCUACGCACUUCCCUUCGAAAGACAAACCCUCAACAUCCACACCACUGGCCUUGGUUGCCGCAUCGGGACUUCAAUACCACGGAUGUGUUACCUGUCAUUCCGAACGAGCUAUACCCCGUCGACGUCGAGCUAUGGCCGACCAAUGUCGUAGUCGAGGCAGGUGGAAGAUUGGUUCUGGAGGUCGGCUCUGGAGACACGGCCGGGGCUGGAUUCUGGGGUCAUGAUGAUCCUGUUGAUAGGCCGGAAACAGUCUUUCGAGGUGGAAACCACGUUCAUUUGGGGCCGAAUUAUGUCAAUUAUAUGACCCUCCCUAUUAUCCCCCCGAAUUAA